UAUUUUGAAUGAUUUGUUUCAUAAUUUUUAUUCUUUAAUAAAUAAGUAAUUCAUUAUUUGUUGACAUCUAAGCAAAUAUUUAAAAUAUUAUGUAUAAUAAAAUUCUAAAUUGUAUUUCUUAUAGUCAGUUAUAUUCGUAUUUUCGAUAUUAUAAUGUAAAACAAUUUAGUUUAUUUUUACGAUAUAAUAAAAUUAAAAAGACCAGUACUUUGCCACUCUUAAGUAUUUCAGAUAAUUAUACAAAUUAUAGAUUUGCAUCUUUUGAUAACAAUAAAUCUGAACAACAAGAAAACAUUGAGAAGUUGUUAGAUGAUGCUACAAUUACUGAAGAACAGCAUGUAGAGCAUGAAUCAGGAAACUGGGCGACAUCACCAUACCCAAAAGGAUCAUAUAUUCCACACAAAAAUCAGUCUCAAGCUCAACAUGCAUUACGGCCAAAAGUUGAUCCAAAAGAAACAUCAAUUUUAUUAUUCCCUGGUCAAGGAACACAAUUUGUUGGUAUGGGAAAUAACUUACAGAUAUUUCCUCAAGUUAAAGAUAUGUUUGAUGCAGCUAGUGAAAUCUUGAAGUAUAAUUUACUAAAAAUAUGUUUAGAAGGGCCAAAAUCUAAAUUGGAUCAAACAAUGUACAGUCAACCAGCUAUUUUAGUAUGCUCUCUUGGAGCUGUUGAAAAACUCAAAGAAGAACAACCUAGUGCAAUUGAAAAUUGCAUGGCUGCUGCUGGCUAUAGUGUUGGUGAACUAGCUGCUCUAACAUUUGCUGGUGUCUUUACUUUUGAACAAGCUAUUCAAUUGGUUAAAGUACGUGCAGAAGCUAUGCAUUAUGCAUCUGAAAUUGAACCUGGAGGUAUGGCUACAAUUUUUUUAAGUCCUGAAUCUAAAUUGAACUAUGCUUUAAAGAAAGCUCGUGAAUGGUGUCAAGAUAGAGGAAUUGAAAAACCUGUUUGUCGAAUUUCUAAUUAUCUCAAUCCAUAUUCUAAAGUAAUUGCUGGACAUUUAGAAGCUCUUAAAUAUUUAGAAUUUAAUUUAAAAGAAUUUAAUUUAAGAAAAAUGCAAAGGCUUAAUGUUUCCGGAGCAUUUCAUACAGAAUUAAUGAAACCCGCUGUUGAACCUUUUUUAAUGGCAAUUCGUAAAAUGAAUAUAAAUGAGCCAAUGAUUGCUGUUCAUUCAAAUAUUGAUGGGAAACAUUAUAAAAAUAGUAAUCACAUAGUAAGAAAUUUACCAAAACAAAUAUGUUUACCUGUUAAGUGGGAACAGACCUUACAUAUCUUAUAUGAAAGACCUCAGGGAUCAAACUUUCCAGAUACAUUUGAAUGUGGUCCUGGCUCUACUCUCCGAAGUUUAUUAAAAACAGUUAAUUCUAAAGCCCAUUCUUUUUGCACUUCAGUCAAUAUAUAAUCAUUAUAAUUUUCAGUAAUUAAAAUUAUAAAUUAAACUUUUUAAAUAAAGAAUAAGAGGUUAAUUUUUAUUGAA